GGGGGCGGGGCCUGGGGAUGGCGGUGCCGCGCGUGGUGCUGGUGCUGAGCGGGAAGAGAAAAUGCGGGAAGGACUUUGUGGCCGAAGAGCUGCGGGGCCGGUUGGGUCCCGAUGUUUGCACCGUCCUGCGCCUCUCCGGGCCCCUCAAGGAGCAGUACGCCAAGGAGCACAGCCUGGAUUUCCAGCGGCUCCUGGAUGCCAGCGCCUACAAGGAGAAAUUCCGGCAGGAUAUGAUCCGCUGGGGCGAGGAAAAGCGCCGGGCUGACCCCGGCUUCUUCUGCCGGGCGGCGGUGGAGGGGGCAACGCAGCCGGUGUGGGUGGUGAGCGAUGCACGGCGCCUCUCGGACGUGGAGUGGUUCCGGGACGUCUAUGGGGACGCGGUGCAGACUGUGAGGGUGGUGGCCAGUGAGGAGACGAGGAAGAGGAGGGACUGGGUCUUCGUCCCUGGGGUGGAUGAUGCCGAGUCCGAGUGUGGCCUGGACCAAGGUGUGGCCUUUGACUGGGUGAUCACCAACGACGGGGACGAGCUGUCCCUGGAUGAGCAGCUGGAGACGCUGCUGCAGUCACUCCGGGGCCGCCUGUAGCUCAGUGACCCUCGGUGGGGGUUUGGGGACUGUGUGCUCUGCCCAGCCCUCUGCCGUGUCCCCUCCUGCCUUGUGCCAGCCCUCUCUGUUCUGCACAUAAAGCUCUGACACAGAGAACUGCUGCCA